CGGAUUAGACGCGAUUUAACUAUAAAUUCGGGCCGCCUGCUACGUAUUGUUGUACUCAAUCAAGAGUUUUCAAUUAAAGAACAUCGAUUCCAACUACAAAGAUUAAGUUAAUCAAUAGAAUCUUCGAAAAGAUGCGUGCUUUUGUGGUUAUGUGCUUCGUGGCUUUAGCCAGUGCCGACAAACUGGGCUACAACUAUCAGCCGGUGGCGCACUCGGAUAGCGGAUUAUCGUUUAGUCCUGGCGGUCAUGGUGGUCUGAGCGGUGGCUCUGCUGGUGGACUUGGUGGUCUCAGCGGUGGCUCCGCUGGUGGACUUGGUGGCCUCAGCGGUGGAUCUGUUGGCGGACUUGGUGGUUACAGCGGCGGUUUAGGAAGCUUAGGCGGUGCGAUUGGCGGUGGUUCAUCUGGUGGUUUGGGUGGAAUCGGUGUUUUGGGUGGUAUUGGCGGCUCUCUAGGAGGCUUAGGUGAUCUAAGCGGCGGUUCAUCCGGCAGUUUGGGUGGUAGCUCAUCCGGUAGUCUCAGCAGUCUUGGUAGUUCGAGCGGUAUUGACAGUGGUUCCAGUAGCAGCGGAUCCAGCAGUGGCUCAGAUGUGGAAUACGAAAAAGAAUUCUACACAUACACUGCUGAUGACAGUGCUUUCGAUGAACCUGAAGCUAAUCAACAAGUAAGCUACUCAGCAAAGAAGAACCUACGUGUGAUUUUCAUUAAGGGACCCGAAAACAAUGCUUUGGAGAAGGCUGUCGUCAAUUUGGCCAAACACGCUUCGGAACAGAGAACCGCCAUUUAUGUAUUGCAGAAACAAGCUUCUGUCAGUGAUUUAGCCAACAAAUUGCAGGCUUCACAUGAUGUCCACAAUCACCAGCCCGAGGUGCACUUUGUCAAAUAUCGCACACCCGAAGAUGCGGCUAAUGCACAAAAAGCCAUUCAAGCACAAUACGAUCAGUUGGGCGGCUCAUCGCAGUCACACAAUGGUGGUGUUGCUCCAGUACAUAACUUCGCAUCGCCAGCUUCAUCGGGUGGUAAUGGCGGCGUAUCUGGUGGUUCAUCAGGUGGUAUCUCUGGCGGUGCAUCUGAUGGUCUAUCAGGUGGUUCAUCAGGUGGUGUAUCUGGUGGUAUCUCUGGUGGUUCAUCAGGUGGUAUCGUACAAAUUGGCGGCGUUUCGGGCGGCUCUGGCCAUGGAUCACUAAGCGCAACAUACUUGCCUGCUGCCAUCUUGCGUGUUUAGGUUACUAACUCGCCCUUUGUUAUUGUCUUUUCUGUUAUGAGUUUAUUACGAAUAAAAAAAUUAUAUUUAACCUUUAA